AUGGCUCCAGAGAAAACAGCAUCCACCAAAGCCCAGGUAAAGGUAAGGUUUUUCAAACAGUUUAGAACUACCUGUUCAUGCGCUGGGGCCACUGUAACAUAAUUCCACUACAGUACAACAUCCUAACCUAACCCUCAUCUGUAACUCUCUGACAGACUAUAAUAACAGUAUGCAUGUAGCCUACUACAGUAUGUAUGCACAUUUACAGAGUUGAGCAUGUCUGUCUCAGCUUGAGGAGUGAAUUGUUGUUCCAUGUCUCUCAGGACAAUGUGUUUGUCAGAAUCCUAAGCCUACCUGCAGUGAGCUCUACCUGUGAGGUUAUUGAGAGGACCUACACUAGCACCAAGCAGACCCACCCGCUCCUCUGCUCUGUAUGUGGGGUGUAUGAGAGGGGGGCCAGGACCGCCAGCAGCCUGGCAGUGUGGAGCAUCCAGCCUGCCAUCGACCGACUGGAGACCCAGCGUGAGCACACUGAUUCCCUAGUGCUAAUGGUCAUCAAUUUCUGCACUGCACAAAUUUGUAGAAAGUCACCUUGCCUCCAGUCCAGACAAAUAGAUAGGCUGUGUAAUCAGUUAAUUAACCAUAUGUUCAGCUACUACAGUACCAUAGUCUAUACUGCUUCAAACUGCAGUACCAUUACAUGAUUGUGAUUUUCUUCUACUACAGUAACCUGAACAUACAUUACCUCAAAAGUAAUCCUUCAAUAUAUGUUGAUGCUGUGAAGUGCUAUACAUGAAAAGGAGUAAAUGAACUCAUUCUCACUGAGAGGGUUUGCUGUUUGUUUGAUUAUCUGUAGUGACAACAAAGCCGUUGUGCUGUUGAGUCUGGGAAUGUGUCCUGCAGUACGCCUGGGCUAGGGCCAGCUCUUAGUAGAGCCAGGUCUAGUAGACUGAGCCAGGUUUAGAUUACUUGGCUUGACUGUUUCUAUGUUCUACUUGUUGAUGGGCAGAACACACAGUUGUCAUAACUCUCUCUGGGGAUGUUACAUUUCCUGGUUGUGAAAUUGAAUUAACAUUGGAUGAACUCUGUGUCCUGAACUCACAUUCAUGAAUUGCAAAACUGUUCUCUGGUGAUAAGUAGACUGAGAUUUUAUGAUAAAUUGGGCAAUUUAAAUACACUGCUCAAAAAAAUAAAGGGAACACUUAAACAACACAAUGUAACUCCAAGUCAAUCACACUUCUGUGAAAUCAAACUGUCCACUUAGGAAGCAACACUGAUUGACAAUACAUUUCACAUGCUGUUGUGCAAAUGGAAUAGACAACAGGUGGAAAUUUAUAGGCAAUUAGCAAGACACCCCCAAUAAAGAAGUGGUUCUGCAGGUGGUGACCACAGACCACUUCUCAGUUCCUAUGCUUCCUGGCUGAUGUUUUGGUCACUUUUGAAUGCUGGUGGUGCUUUCACUCUAGUGGUAGCAUGAGACGGAGUCUACAACCCACACAAGUGGCUCAGGUAGUGCAGCUCAUCCAGGAUGGCACAUCAAUGCGAGCUGUGGCAAGAAGGUUUGCUGUGUCUGUCAGCGUAGUGUCCAGAGCAUGGAGGCGCUACCAGGAGACAGGCCAGUACAUCAGGAGACGUGGAGGAGGCCGUAGGAGGGCAACAACCCAGCAGCAGGACCGCUACCUCCACCUUUGUGCAAGGAGGAGCAGGAGGAGCACUGCCAGAGCCCUGCAAAAUGACCUCCAGCAGGCCACAAAUAUGCAUGUCUCUGCUCAAAUGGUCAGAAACAGACUCCAUGAGGGUGGUAUGAGGGCCCGACGUCCACAGGUGGGGGUUGUGCUUACAGCCCAACACCGUGCAGGACGUUUGGCAUUUGCCAGAGAACACCAAGAUUGGCAAAUUCGCCACUGGCGCCCUGUGCUCUUCACAGAUGAAAGCAGGAUCACACUAAGCACAUGUGACAGACGUGACAGAGUCUGGAGACGCCGUGGAGAACGUUCUGCUGCCUGCAACAUCCUCCAGCAUGACCGGUUUGGCGGUGGGUCAGUCAUGGUGUGGGGUGGCAUUUCUUUGGGGGGCCGCACAGCCUUCCAUGUGCUCGCCAGAGGUAGCCUGACUGCCAUUAGGUACCGAGAUGAGAUCCUCAGACCCCUUGUGAGACCAUAUGCUGGUGCGGUUGGCCCUGGGUUCCUCCUAAUGCAAGACAAUGCUAGACCUCAUGUGGCUGGAGUGUGUCAGCAGUUCCUGCAAGAGGAAGGCAUUGAUGCUAUGGACUGGCCCGCCCGUUCCCCAGACCUGAAUCCAAUUGAGCACAUCUGGGACAUCAUGUCUCGCUCCAUCCACCCAUGCCACGUUGCACCACAGACUGUCCAGGAGUUGGCGGAUGCUUUAGUCCAGGUCUGGGAGGAGAUCCCUCAGGAGACCAUCCGCCACCUCAUCAGGAGCAUGCCCAGGCGUUGUAGGGAGGUCAUACAGGCACGUGGAGGCCACACACACUACUGAGACUCAUUUUGACUUGUUUUAAGGACAUUACAUCAACGUUGGAUCCGCCUAUAGUGUGGUUUUCCACUUUAAUUUUGAGGGUGACUCCAAAUCCAGACCUCUAUGGGUUGAUACAUUUGAUUUCCAUUGAUAAUUUUUGUGUGAUUUUGUUGUCAGCACAUUCAACUAUGUAAAGAGAAAAAGUAUUUAAUAAGAUUAUUUCAUUCAUUCAGAUCUAGGAUGUGUUGUUUAAGUGUUCCCUUUAUUUUUUUGAGCAGUGUAUUUAAUUGACUCAUGUUCUAGCUUACUUUUUUAUUUUUAUGAACACGCAUGAAGGAAAAUAUUGAAUCUAGAAAUGCAAAAUGCAAUACUUAUGACUUUGCUCACAACCCAUCGGCAAGUGAGAAAAACGUUCUGUUGUAAUGAGUGUACGUAAUGAAGGUACCAAGGCAGAUAGAAUAUUGCAGCUUGCACGGUCACUUAGGUGUGCCAUGGAUAUUCUGUCUCAGGGAGCAUUGCCUAAAUAACAAUGAUCUCAUCUGCAUUUUUUCUAUCUAGCUCCUGGAGAUGUGUUUUAAUAAUGUAUUAUUUGUGAUGAAAUAAGAUCACAGAGUAGAGGUCAAGGACAUCUUUUAAUGUCUUCAAUACUCAAUGAGGUUAUCGGCAGUGUAAUACACAUAAUUACCUUCUCUAAACUCAUUGUAUUGUCUCUAGUUGUUGCUGCCAACAAUCUGGCCUGUAAAGGGCUGGAUCGUCUGGAGGAGAAGAUCCCAGCUCUGCAGUAUCCCCCUGAGAAGGCAAGGAUGCUAUUUUCUGAGUCAAUUUAA